AUGUUUUUGAAGCUAUUUGUUCGACGUUAUGCAACGAAUUCGAAGAGAGAUUUGAGUAAAGUUAGGAAUAUUGGUAUCAUUGCUCAUAUCGAUGCGGGCAAGACUACUACAACUGAGCGAAUGCUCUACUAUAGUGGGAAAAUAAACCGUAUAGGUGAUGUGGAUCAAGGUGACACGAUUACGGAUUAUUUACCACAAGAACGGUCAAGAGGGAUUACGAUUCAGAGUGCAGCUAUUUCUUUCAAUUGGAAGAAGGAUUAUAAGGUGAAUCUUAUUGAUACACCGGGUCAUGCAGACUUCACAUUUGAAGUGAUAAGAUCAUUGAAGGUUCUUGAUGGAUGUGUGACCAUAUUAGACUCUGUUGCUGGUGUGGAGGCUCAGACGGAGAAAGUUUGGAAACAAUCUAGUGGAUUGCCUAAGAUAUGCUUUCUAAACAAGAUGGACAGAGAAGGGGCUGGGUUUAGCAGAACUGUGAAAGAACUAGUGGUUAAAAUGAACACACGGGCACUUUUAGUCAAUACUCCGGUAUUUAAGGUAGAACCUGGUACGAAAGAUUCUAAAUUUGUGGGUGUAUUGGACCUUAUUUAUGGGAAACAGCUGGUUUGGGACCGUGACGAUCCGGACAAGAUCAAUGUUAUUGACGUGACUGAAGGACACGAGUACUAUGAUGAUCUUCUACAUGGUAGGGAAGCAUUGGUAGAGACGCUAGGGGAGGUAGACGAAUCGCUUGUAGAGCACUUUUUGAGUGAUGCAGAUGGUGAUUAUUUGAAAGUAUCUCCAGAUGUGUUGAACAAGUCGAUUCGUAACGCAACGUUAUCUUUACAUGCAACUCCAGUUCUCUGUGGUGCAUCUUUCAGAAAUAUUGGUGUACAACCUUUGCUUGAUGCGAUUGUAAACUAUUUGCCCGACCCGUCGGAAGCUAGGCCACCUGAAGUUAAUAAUAAAGAUAUUAAAGUCACUAGUAAUCCAAAGAACGGUUUAAUCUUGAACAAUAAUCCAAACCUUUGUGUUUCUCUUGCAUUUAAAGUUAUUACCGAUGCUAUCAGAGGUACAAUGGUGUUUAUCAGAGUGUACUCAGGUGUGCUUCGUUCCAACCAUACGGUUUACAAUACUACCACUGGUACUAAGUUCAAGAUUGGAAAGCUCAUUCAAAUGCAUGCUAACAUCCCAGAAGAAGUCAACGAAUUGUAUCCCGGCGAUAUUGGUGUACUUACUGGUUCUAAUGUCUCUGAAUAUAUUAAAACUGGUGAUACAAUUAUCACCCAUGUCACCAAGAAGGACGGCAUACGGUCGUUUGAUAAGAAGAAAGAGUUAACGUUGAAGAUCAACCCAAUCGAAAUCCCCCCACCAGUGUUUAACGCUGCAAUUGAACCAAAGACGUUGGGUAACAAGAAACCUAUGGAAGAAGCUUUGGCUCAAUUAACAAGAGAAGAUCCCUCGCUUGUUGUUACUCAGGAUGAAGAGAGUGGACAAACACUAUUAAGCGGUAUGGGAGAACUUCAUUUGGAAAUCGCAAGAGAUCGGUUAUUGAAUGAAUUGAAUGCACAAGUUGACGUAGGUAAAGUUAUUGUUUCUUAUAAGGAAACUGUAAACUCUACAUGCAAGGAAAGGACGAUUGAAACGGAGGAUGGUUACAGAAUUACUGCGGUAAUUGAGCCAUUGGACGAAGAAAUCAAAUCUAAUCCACCAGGUAACGAAGAAUGGUAUUCUUUAGCAAGUGAUAAUAACUUUAUGGUAAUGGAAAAACAUAUGACUUAUGACGCAGAGAAGAACUGGCCAUUUCAAGUGCCAUACGUUACCGUUGUCAAUUCCCUGUUGCCUAGUUGUUUGGUUGCUUUACAGAGAGGUGGGAAAAUCGGAGGUUUCCCAUUAAACAGCUGUGUUGUUCGUAUUAGGGGAGAUUGGGAGGUGCCAAAGGAUGCAACCUCGAUUACACCACUACUAACUCAUAGCAGACAGCUCUUUUCUCAAAUUCUUGCUGAGGAAGACGAGAAGAACUUCUCAGUAUUAGAACCGGUUAUGAACGUUGAAGUGAUGGUUCAACAACAGGACAUGGGACCUAUUAUUCAGGACCUAUCAAGUGCCAGAAAGGCAAACAUCUUAUCUAUCGAAGAUGAGAACACCAGUGCCAUUGAUGAAUCUAACAUUACCUUCAAAAAUAUCGCCGAGCAAAUGUGGUUACCUAAGGAUAUGACAUUGGAAUUUGCAAAGAUAGGUAAGGAGGCGCAGGCCCCAAAGCUUAUUCAAGCCCAGGCACCAUUGAAGGAAAUGGUUGCAUACAAUAAUAAAAUCAGAAGUAUUACGCAAGGGAGAGGUAGUUUCAAUAUGUACUAUCAUGGCAUGCAACCGGUUACUCAUGACAGACUACAAGCAAUUCUUUCAGACUAUUAUAACUAG